CUAGCUCAAAACUUGCUCUCUGGCUUGCUGGCACCCAGUUUUCUUUUCAGUCUGGUAACAUGACAGCGUCGCCUCUUGUGCCAGUCUCAACGCAUCCCCGUCGUAGAAGGAAGAGCUACACUUUCUUCUGGUGCUCCCUGGGCAUCUAUUCAGAGGCCCUUCUGUUUCUGCUGUCUGGUUUAUCUGAUGCCUGUGAACUACCACCACCAUUUGAAGCUAUGGAACUCAAGGGUACACCUAAACUCUAUUAUGCAGUUGGAGAAAGAAUAGAAUAUAAGUGUAAAAAAGGAUACCUUCAUCUGUCUCCAUACCUGAUGAUUGCUACCUGUGAGCCAAAUCAUACAUGGGUCCCUAUUUCAGAUGUUGGUUGUAUCAAAGUUCAGUGUAUUAUGUUACAGAACCCUUCAUUUGGCAAAGUACACUACAUAGAUGGCAGAUUUUCAUGGGGUGCUCGAGUUAAAUUUACUUGUAUGGAAGGUUAUUACUUAGCUGGUAUGUCAGUUCUACACUGUGUGCUUAAAAGUGAUGGUGCAUACUGGAAUGGCCAUCCUCCAAGUUGUGAAAGGCCAGAUAAGUUUUCCCUUGUUGGAACAAGCAUGCUAUUCUGUGCUGACUAUAACACCUGUAGUAACAACCCUCCAGAGUGUAAAGGAUAUCCUAAUCCCCGUGAAGGAAUAGUUGGACAAGAAUUAGAUGCAUGGAUUGUUGCUUUGAUUGUUAUUAUUUCAAUUGUUGGAGUUUUGGUAAUUUGUCUCAUCAUGCUCAGGUAUUUUGAGCACAGGAAGAAAGGGCCUCUCUCCUGUCUCCCCCACGACCUGCUCCUGCCCCCUUGUCAGCUGCACUGAAGGAGCUCUGGAGGCUGACCAUACUCAAGUAGAACAGAGCCUGACUUCCACCAGGCCGCAACCCAGUCAGUCUCUGAGGAACUAAUGCUGAGAGAAGAAACUGCCACUCCUGAUUAAUUGUCCUUUCUACGGUGUAUUAAAAAAAAAGAAAGGAAGGAAGGAAGAAAGAAAAAGAAGUAAAUAAAGCAAAUGUAUGGAAAAGAAAAAUGUAUGCCACAGAAAGUCAUAUGCAAAGUCAAGAUGUCUCAAAAGUACUUGAUUUGUCAUAAAGUUGAUUUCCAACAUAAGAUAUUUACUAUAUAGCUUUUCUCCAAUAUUAAAAUUAUAUAAACUUUCAUGUUUAGUACCAUAGAGGGGCCAAGGAAACAUCACCUUGAGAAGACCGUGAACUGAAACUGAGUGAAGGUGAACCCUGUUUUGAGUAUAAACACCUAUAGUCACUCUGAGUGACACUCCAACCCUUUGUGCCCUCCAAGUGGAUAUUUCAGGAAGAUUGUUUUUCUUGAGCAGAAAAAACAAACAAAACAAAAAACCACCUAGGAAUCCAAUUAAGAAAAAUUGAAAUCUGUACUCAUUUUCACAUAUUUAAAAAAAGAAAAAAGGUAGCAACUGUACCUCUGCAUGGUGCUACACUUAAAAUCACGGCAUUAUAAAAAAAAAAAAACAAAAGAUAACAAGUUAAGAAACAGAAUAUACUAAAUGUUUAAAGACAAGAAAUGUCUUUACUGCUUUUAAACUUAAUUUAAAAUAUUUUUAAUCAAAUAUUUUAUUUUCAAAAUAAAUUUACCUUUAUAGCUUGCUCUGAUUCAAAUUUAAUCUUCAAAUUAGUGUUUAUAUUUUACACGUGUCUGUAUAAAUAUAUCUUUUAUUUUUAUGAAAUAUUUUACCAGUUAUAUAAGUAGAAGAAAAAGUGUUUUUUAAAAAAUUGUCUAAAUGGCAGAGAGUCAUAUUUGAACUUAAAAUGUUCUUUUAACUUCAGAAAUGUAUCUGCAGCAAGAUGAAUAUCCCAUGUGUGCAAGUCAUUACUGUUCCAUUUUUGAAAACUGGAUCUUCAUGUCUGGCAAAAGCAAAAUUGUAUAUUUGCAGGAGCUUUGUUUGUGGUAAUGUGUAUGUGUUUCUAAUGUAAAUGAAAUCUGUUUAUAAAUAGAAUCUGUGUCCAACCUCUCUUUCAUAGCCUCACAUUUCAGCCUCUGCAGCUCACCAAGGGUUCUCAGUAUCCAGCCACGAGUGCCUGUGUCCUGAGCAGAAUGUUCUGCCUGUGACAUGGUAUGUGCAGGACACAGGCACUCAUGGCUGGAUACUGAGAACCCUUGGCCACAUUUCCAAGCAGACACCAGACCUUGUCCAAUUUGAGCUCAUAUCCCUAUGCCUGACACUUUCACUGCACAUAAUGGCUUUGAAUUAAGCACAUCUGUGCCUUCCACACCCCCAAUCUGUCACCUGAAAUGCUUAAUAUUCUCUCCAGAUCCAUGUACCUCUAAGGCCAAUGCAUGUCCUACCCAUCCCGCGAAGCUCUAACUCCUCAGGUUAUCCUUUAUUGCUUAGCCUUAAGUUAGCCACAUUUAAGAUUCUGUAUACACGUGUCUAAAAGAUGUAACUUUCAUAUCUCUUUAAUGUAUUCAUAUGGCUUAAAAAACAAAAAACUUGACCCAUGUAACUAAUAGGACAUGAUUUUUUGUAUGUGAAAAUAAUUCUUGCUGCCUUUGCAAAUAUGAAGUAGGGCAGAUUAAGCAAAGCCAGGCCAGUGUUUCUCACCUGAGGUUGUCCACUAGCCUCCCCCAGGGUUCUUCAUUGACACUCGAGUACCACCCCAGUGGGCUCUCCUGCUAUGAAUUUGAGAUGUGGCCUAAACACAGGAGGUUUUAAUUUCUCUGGUGAUUUUAAUUUGCAGCUGAGGUUAAGAACUUGCAUUUGUGAUUAGAGAACCUGACAGUCAACUCUCCAUAUAAGGAGGAUAAAGGCUUAAAGAAAAUCAUAGUUUAAUUCUGCCUAUUAAAAACCAAAAUUUCAAAGACUUUAACUUAAAGUUGGUCAUGGGUUAGGGAUGUAGCUCAGCAGAAAGUUUGCUCAGCAUGUACAAGACCAUGAAUUCAUUCCUUAGCACUUGGAAGAAAAAAAAAUUAACAGAUUAUAACAUACUCUUAUUUGCUUAGAAGUCUUGAUGUCUUUCAAAAUAAGCAAUGAUAAAUUGUAGGU